UGUUUUCUCUCUUGGAUUGUGCUUGGAUAUGCUAUGGCAACAAUGUCAGGGAUACAGAAGAAAACCACUAGAGUGUCUCUGACCAUCAGUUCCCCAGUCAAUGAAACCACCGCCAUCAGAUCAAGUUAUUCCACCUUAGUUCAGCCGUUGUGCAUUGACCCUCAGAGGAUGCAGAGUCCUUGCAGCAGCCUUUCAGGAUCCACCUGUGCGACAGCCCCUGUUUUCACCAAGCAUCUGCAGGACAUCUCGACAACUAGAGGUCACUUUGUCGUGUUUGAGUGCCAAGUCCAGGCCACAGCGGCAGCUCAAGUUCACUGGUACAGAGAACAACAGCAGAUAGCCGACUCAGAGGACUUCCGGAUUCUAAGGAAAAAAAUGCUAAAUAUUUUGUUCAAGGUUUUGAAGCUAGCAAAUGCAGAAGCCAGUGUUCAAGCUUAA